ACAGGAGUGCUCUGAGGUUAGGGCGGAGGGCUAAUUGAGAAGGACGCUGGGAACUCUAACUCAGUCCAGACCACCGCUGGCCAGCGCGUUAUUCAGGUAUCAGCCCCUUUGGCUAGAAAUAGUGGGGUCCUCUCUCCUUCCCACUCUUCUCAGUUGCUGCCCCCUCCUACGAGUGAAUUUUCUCUCCCGAGCAGGGCUGAUUUCCUAGGCUUUCUUUCCCUUCCCUCGGCAGCGCUCUGACGUGCACACCAUGUGACAGGCCCCCUUCUGCUAUAAGCCGAGGAAAGGUCCGCCCUCUCCUGGACUCAGCCCUGGCCUCGCCGAGCUCUGUUCCUAGACUCUCAGCCGUCCCGCAUUCUCCUGGGCGCCCACCACUCUGACUCGCCCUCCGGGGUCCCGCCACCCCCUCCUCAACUGACCGGGCGAAAGACACUCGAAGAGGGAAGGUCAAGUCCUACGCCCAGGCCGGGAGCGAGCGGAGCCCCGGGAGCGCAGAAACCUCGCGGCUGCGGCGGCGGCGGCGCAGGAGUUACAAAGUCGCAGCGCGAGACUCCGCCGCAGCCCGGUAGCCCCCGCGCAGCUCAGGUAGCGGCGGCGCCCCCAGCGUGGCGCCCCCGGGCCGGGCUCGCUGCCCGGGACCCGGGCUGGGGCGCAGAGGGAGCCCGGAGCCCGGCGCCCCCAUGCGCCGCCCCGCCGCCGCGGUGCCACAGCUAUGACCCUGAGCACGGAGAUGUCCGAUGCCUCCGGCCUCGCGGAGGAGACAGACAUCGACGUGGUGGGGGAGGGCGAGGACGAGGACGACGAGGAAGAGGAGGACGACGACGAGGGUGGCGGUGGCAGCUCCCGGCUGGCUGUCCCCGCGCAGCGGCGGCGGCGGCGGCGGGGCUCGUACGCCGGGGAGGACGAGCUGGAGGAUCUGGAGGAGGAGGACGACGACGAUGACAUCCUGCUGGCCCCGCGGGCAGGGUGCUCCCCGGGGCCCCCAGGCCCAGCCCCGGCAGCGGGGGCCGGAGCCGGUGGGGGCAGCAGCGCGGGCGCAGGCGGCGGCGGCGGCGGCGGCGGGAGCGCGGGCGGAGGAGCCAAGAACCCGCUGGUGAAGCCGCCCUACUCGUACAUCGCUCUCAUCACCAUGGCCAUCCUGCAGAGCCCCAAGAAGCGGCUGACGCUGAGCGAGAUCUGCGAAUUCAUCAGUGGCCGCUUCCCCUACUACCGGGAGAAGUUCCCCGCCUGGCAGAACAGCAUCCGCCACAACCUCUCGCUCAACGACUGCUUCGUCAAGAUCCCCCGCGAGCCGGGCAACCCGGGCAAGGGCAACUACUGGACGCUCGACCCCGAGUCCGCCGACAUGUUCGACAACGGCAGCUUCCUGCGCCGGAGGAAGCGCUUCAAGCGGCAGCCGCUGCUCCCGCCCAACGCCGCCGCCGCCGAGUCGCUGCUGCUGCGCGGCGCGGGAGCCGCGGGGGGCGCGGGGGACCCAGCGGCGGCGGCCGCCGCGCUCUUCCCGCCCGCGCCCCCGCCGCCGCCGCAUGCUUACGGCUACGGCCCCUACGGCUGCGGCUACGGCCUGCAGCUGCCGCCCUACGCGCCGCCCUCGGCCCUCUUCGCCGCCGCCGCCGCCGCUGCAGCCGCCGCCUUCCACCCGCACUCGCCCCCGCCGCCCCCGCCGCCGCACGGCGCGGCCGCCGAGCUGGCCCGGACCACCUUCGGCUACCGGCCGCACCCGCUGGGCGCCGCCCUGCCCGGCCCCCUGCAGGCCUCGGCGGCCAAGGCGGGCGGCCCCGGCGCCUCGGCGCUGGCGCGCUCGCCCUUCUCCAUCGAGAGCAUCAUCGGAGGCAGCCUGGGCCCGGCCGCCGCCGCCGCUGCCGCCGCGCAGGCCGCCGCCGCCGCGCAGGCCUCGCCCUCUCCCUCGCCGGUGGCUGCGCCGCCCGCGCCCGGAUCCGGCGGCGGAGGCUGCGCGGCGCAGGCGGCCGUGGGCCCGGCAGCCGCGCUCACCCGCUCCCUCGUGGCCGCCGCGGCUGCCGCCGCCUCCUCCGUCUCCUCGUCAGCCGCGCUGGGGACUCUGCACCAAGGGACUGCCCUGUCCAGUGUCGAGAACUUUACUGCUAGGAUUUCAAAUUGUUAAUAACGCUAUGUUAGCGCGCUUGAGAAAGAGAAGGUAGGAAUCCUGGCUCCUUUUUGCAUCUUGGUGGUUUGGUGUUUUGUUCGCCCCUCUCGGCGCGGCCCCUCCUGACCUCGCGCGCCCAUUUUCUCCGCUUCGGAUUCUCGGACGAAACUGUGUUUGGCAACAGCUCGGGCCCAGUUUUCGGCUCUGCGGGUCCCUCUAUUUAUGCAAAGUCGUCCUAUGCUGCAGCCUCCGACCUGGGGUAGGGAGGAAGAGGGUGCUGGUGGGGGUCCGCCCUGUCUAGGCACUAGGGACUUCCUUGACUUUGACAAACUAAAAACAACAACAAACAACUAAGCCUUUCUGAGGUGUAAAGAUUCUCAGAUCAGGUCCAGGCGUUAAAAAAUAAAUACUGUUCAAAAGAAGAAUAAUACAGAAAUAGCAAAGGUCUCAAAGAAUGCCAGCGAAGCAAUACUUUUUUAUUUGAGGACACUUGUCUGGUGUACUUUUUCAUUAAAAGGAAAGAAUGAUUAACAUGUUUACACAAGAAAAGUCAAAAUUAUCAUUUCUUAUUUUAACCUGUGUUUUGUAUCAUAAUAGACAUGCGGAAUUUUUAUUUUGUACUUACUGCGUAUUCUUUACAAGGAGAAUUGUAAAUUUUACUGGCAAUUAUUAUUGUACUAUUCUAAUGUAAGGUUUUUACACUUUUUCAGAAAUAAAAUACUUAAUUUUCAAAGAAAAGUCACCAAAA